UUGUUGACCUUUGUAUGACAUCUAUUUUUAUUUAUAUUGGUUGUCUACACUUAUUUUUAAAUCUAUAAAAAUAUAAUUCUUGCAAAAUACGCUAGUAGUAGUUAAUAUCGAACCAAAAAUCCCAAUGCAAGGCAGUAAUUCAUAAUCAUCUUCAGGAUGACUGUUCAUAGUAGUAUUAUGGAAGAUAUAAAUUUUGACCAGUUUAUUAAAACAGCAAAUUAUGAAGAAACUGUUCGUCAAUUAGAUGUUUACUAUGGCACGGUGAAAAGGCAAUUGCUAAGAUACCAAAGCCCUAUUACUGGAUUGUUUCCAGUCUUUUCAGGUGAUACUGAAGUGGGAAGUAUUAGAGAUAGUGUAUAUUGCGCUGCUGCAGUUUGGGGUUUAUAUCAGGCUUACAGGAGGAUAGAUGAUGACAGAGGAAAAUCAUAUGAGCUGGGACAAUCAACUGUAAAAUGUAUGAGAGGUAUAUUGGAGUGCUGGAUGAAACAAUCUUUAAGGGUAGAGUUAUUUAAGAAAAACCAGUGUGUUGCACAUGCACUGCAUGUAAAGUUUCAUUUAACUACUGGCAAUGAAGUAUUUUCUGAUGAUGAAUAUAACCAUUUGCAAAUUGAUGUGGUGUCAGUUUAUUUAUUAUUUUUAGUCCAGAUGAUAACAUCUGGAUUGCAGAUUAUUUAUACUCAAGAUGAGGUAGCUUUUAUUCAAAACUUGGUUUAUUACGUAGAAAGGGCAUAUAGAACUCCAGAUUUUGGGAUGUGGGAAAGAGGGAGCAAAUAUAAUGAUGGGAGCCCAGAAAUUCAUGCCAGCUCAAUUGGUAUAGCAAAAUCAGCUCUUGAGGCCAUAAAUGGUUGUAAUCUGUUUGGUGAGAAAGGGGCCUCUUGGAGUGUAGUUUAUGUUGAUAUUGAUGCCCAUAACAGAAAUAGAAGUAUUUUUGAGACUUUAUUACCAAGAGAAUCUUGUUCCAAGGAAGUUGACUCAUCUUUGUUGGCUACUAUAUCUUAUCCUGCCUUUGCUACACAUGAAGAUAUGCUCUACAAUACCACAAAGAAUAAUAUUGUGCAGAACCUUAGAGGUCAUUAUGGAUUUAAGCGAUUUACAAGAGAUGGAUAUAAGACAGUUUUAGAAGAUCCUAAUCAAAAGUAUUACAAGAAAGAAGAGAUUAAAAAUUUUGAGGGAAUUGAAUGUGAAUGGCCCUUGUUUUAUAUUUUUAUGAUUAUAGAUGGGGUUUUCAAAAAUCUCCCUGAUCAAAUUGUGGAAUACCAAGAGUUGCUUAAAAAGAGAAUAUUUUUAGACCAUAAUGAAGAUCCGGUUAUACCCAUGUUCUAUUUUGUCUCUCAAGAAAAUGUAGAAAAGGAAAGGUCUGAACAGCACACAACUGCAAAAAAUAUGGCCCAAGAGAAUAAUGGUCUAUUUCUCUGGAACCAAGCUAUGUUUAUAUUGGCUCAACUGUUAACUGCUGGUCUCUUGCAUAUUAAUGAAUUAGAUCCAAUACGCAGAUAUUUGCCAUCAUAUAAUAGACCUAGAAAAGGUGGUCGAUAUUCUGCAUUUCAGGCAAAACCAUCAAUUGGUACCGCUACAGAUUUGGUGGUCCAAAUUGUGCUAAUAGCAGAAUCCAUGAGGCUCCAAGCCAUGAUGGCUACCUAUGGCAUUCAAACUCAGACUCCUCAUGAGGUGGAACCAGUGCAAAUUUGGUCUUCCACUCAGUUAGUGCAAAUAUAUCAAAACUUGGGGGUUAAUAAAAAAAUGAAAUUGCAUGGCAGACCAGAAAGACCAAUUGGAAGCCUUGGUACUAGUAAACUUUAUAGAAUUUGUGGAGCUACGGUACUCUGUUAUCCUUUGAUAUUUGAAGUGUCAGAUUUCUAUUUGUAUCGAGAUAUGGCCCUGUUGAUAGAUGACAUAAAAACCGAACUACAGUUUGUUGGAAGGUACUGGAGACUUUCCGGCAGACCUACUGUAUGCCUUUUAAUUAGGGAGGAGCAUAUGAGAGACCCCCAAUUCAAAAAAAUGCUCGACUUGUUGGCGAUGCUUAAAAAAGGUUAUUGUGAUAACGUUAAAGUAAGAAUUGGGAGAUUGCAGAACCUCAUCUCUAGCUCUUGCGUUGAACAUUUGGACUUUAUGAAUAUUAUGGAAGGCCUUACUGAUACGUUUAGUCAUUUUCAACAACUAGAACAUGAUUAUAUAGGUUAUCAGAGCUUAACUGAUGUGCCUAGAGUGACACAUUACAAUGACGAACUACAAGAUUUUUCGGAUUUUAAAGAAAAACCCACCAAUGAAAUCAUCGAUACUUUAAAAAAUCAAGAAAGCCUUUACGCUCGGGCUCAACUUUAUGGAUUCCUUUUGCGGAAGGAGGGGAAACAUUUUGCUGUUGGUGAAAGAACAGUGGAGGAGUGCCUUCAGAGGAUUUACCAUCAAGGUGGAUGUUUGCGUCAUUGGGCGGCGGUGCGGUACACCAGCAGCUUAUUGCAUCAUACAGUUGAUUCUAUUAGUCCAUUUAUUACUGCAGUCCUGGUGCACGGAAAACAGCUAACCGUUGGCGUUAUUGGGCAAAAAGAAACAGUAUUUGACAAACCCAUGACUCCAUCAGAAAUUCAAUCUAUAGUUUAUAGUACUAUACAACCUUAUGACAUUAUUCAGGCUGUUUUACAACAAGAGGUUACUUUGUACUGUGGUCGACUGAUAUCAACCAAUCCCGAGUUAUUUAAAGGUAUUUUGAAGAUUCGGGUAGGGUGGGUGCUUGAAGCCAUGAAAUAUUUCUUAGAAAUAUUCGAGAGUAAGAAACGGAUUGAAGCUCAUAGCCCAUAUCAAAUUCGGCAGCUGUUAUACAAGGUUUUAUCAUUAAAAGAGUGGGCCUCCCAUGAUAAGUUAACUCCUCUUCAACGUCGACAGCUGGAAGGUUGCCUAUGCAGAGUUCCAGCCUCAUUCUAUAAUGAGGUUUGGGAUGUCAUGUUGAGGACUCCCAAGGGGAUUAUAGUAGAAGGCAGAACUAUCCCUCAGGAGCCGACUAUGUCAAAUAUGAGUCGUUCAGAUUUGACGUUUUCAUUACUAGUUGAACAAAUGUUAAAUCACAUUCAUGUUCCAGAAUAUAGACAAUUAAUUGUAGAACUCCUUACAAUUGUGGCAACUAUCCUGGGGAGAAAUCCGGAGCUUACUUUUAGCCAGCCUCUUGACCUAAAACAGCUUAUAAAAGAUGCUGCACACAUGUAUGCGAAGGAUCAUAAUUUAACAGAAGAAAAGGUUUCUUAUUUGAUGGAAGUGCCUUACAUCCAGUCAACGGGAUAUCUGGCUAGAGCAACCGUUAAUACUGUACUCAAAGGCGGACAAAUAACUAGAAAUUUAGAAAAUGAGUGUGAUGCGUCCUGUAGGGUAUCCUUAAUUAUGAGUUCGAGAGAAAAGGAGUAUGCAAUAUUCCUAAAAAACGAAGUUUUGAAGGAAUUAAGCUUAAGCCGCAUUAAUUCGAACACUGUUCUAAUGGGCCAAAUUGUAAUAAUUGAAUCAAAACGCGAGAACGGUGAUAUACAAAUAAGAUGUCUUAGAGAUAAUGAGUCUUUUGAGCCUUUGACAUUUUUCACAUCAAAUCCAGAGUCUGUUUUGCCAAUCCCAAAAAAGCUGUGGCAAUAUAUUGCUUCCAUAGCUUCACCUCAGGAAAGAGUUAAGCUUGCGAAAAAUAAAUCAUUGUGUGAAAAAUUGAUGACUAUUUCAAAAGAUGUGACUGUGGGAUUUAUUGACAGUGAAGAUGUUAAAUUGGGAACAAUAAAGUAUAUGGGGAAAGUUAAAGGACUUGGAUAUAGUUUUGGCAUUGAGUUGCAUGAAAAAAACAAAAAAUCUAGGUGCAAUGGAUCCUGUGCAGGCAUUCAAUAUUUCCAAUGUCUACCCGGCUAUGCAGUUUUCACCACCAUAGAACGUGUUGUUCCAUCUAUUUAUGCAAAUAAAAGUGAAUCACCCCCUCCAGUAAGUGAUCUGGAUAUUUGUUUACAAAAGAAUAUAUCAAGUUUUUUGAAUGGUGGUUUGGAUAAACCUCCACAUGAAGAAGUUGUUACCAGAUAUGGAGAAUAUUCAAAAAAGAUUCUUCCUAAUAAAAAUGUGACUUAUAUUAGGAAUUCUCUAUCCCUACAAAAUAUUUCUGAUUCUGAUAAUACAUCAGUGAACACCAACAAUGAUUUUGAUCAGAAUACUAUCAUACAACCAGAGAAAACUCACCUCAUGAAUGAAAAUAAAAUCAGGAAUAAAUCAGAGAUGGAUAUACAUAGCAUCCAUGGUUCAGUAAUUAUUGAUCAAAGUCGAAAAAAUCUAGAUAAAAAUGAUAAUAUUAAUGACAAGUACUAUGCUAUAACGAAUGCUAAUACAAUAAACAAUCGAGGAGUGAGAAACAAAAGUGGUAAUCCAAUUUCACAUUUAAUUGAUGGUACAACUUUAAAACGAAGUAAGUUUUAUACAAACUCUGUUGACGUGAAUGAAAGAGAUAAAGAGCACAAGGAUCCCAUAAAGAAGCAAGAUAAUAAUAAAAAGAUUAACGAAAGGAAUGAGCACCAGGCUAAGGCUACCAGCACGUUUUAUGUCAACAGUGAACCAAAAUAUGCAGAUCCUCUGCCUGGAUCUACAAAUGAUUUGGUAAUUGGAAGCCUGGUUGAGGUAUUAAAUGACGUCGCAGAUAAUCCAUUGUAUGGAGUUGUGCGAUGGAUGGGAGUCGAAAAAGAUACAAAUUUUGUUUUGGUGGGAGUGGAAUUAGAAGAAGAAGGGACCCAUUUGCCUUUAACUUUAACAGAUGGUACUCAUAAUGGGGAUCGUUUUUUUCAAUGCGCAACAAAUAGGGCUUUAUUUGUUCCAUUAGAACAGUGUCAUAAGGACGCUAGGUUUGAGGAUGGUAUACCUACACCUGUCCAUCAGAUUCCUUCACCUGAAGGUGUGGAAUGUCCUGUCAUUCCUGGCGCUGUGGCUCCUUUGUGUAUGGCGACUGAAGAAGACGUUGAGGCAGUGUGCGGAAAGUACCGAGGUAUUCAAGGGCACCACAACUCUUGCUACCUGGACGUUACCUUGUUUUCCAUGUUUACCUACACAUCUGUAUUUGACAGUUUAAUUUUCCGGCCCAAAAAUGCAAACGACGUGAAUGACUAUGACGAGGUUCAGAGAGUUCUGAGGGAAGAAAUAGUAAACCCAUUGAGGAAAAACUUGUUUGUAAGUGCGGACCACGUUAUGAAUUUAAGAAGGAUGUUGGACAGGUUAAGUUCAGUAUCUGGAUUAACGAGUGAGGAAAAAGAUCCGGAAGAGUUCCUUAAUUCUUUACUUGCUCAAAUUUUAAAAGCCGAGCCAUUUUUGAAAUUGAAUUCGGGACAAGAAGCGUUUUAUUACCAGCUUUUUGUCGAGAAAGAUGCGGAUUUGACUCUGCCGACUGUCCAGCAACUCUGCGAACAGAGCUUUUUGACGAGCGACAUUAAAUUAAAAGAGGUUCCUUCGUGCUUAAUAUUACAGAUGCCUAGAUUUGGGAAAAACUACAAAAUGUAUCCUAGAAUUUUGCCAUCGCAACUUUUAGAUGUUACCGACAUAAUAGAUGGCUCGCCGCGACAGUGCUUCGUGUGCGGUAUACUCGCGAAGUGGGAGUGUCGGGAAUGUUUUGGCGGCCCUGCCUCCCAGGCGGGUCUAGAAAGCACGUCAUUUUGUUUGGAUUGUCUCCAUACUGCGCACAGGCAUGAAAUGAGACAACAACAUAAACCCAGGGAGCUAGUGGUUGAUGGUGAUUUCUUGGUUUUGGAGGGCCACUGUCGGCCGCCAAGACUUUUUAUGGAACUUUUUGCUGUGAUUUGUAUAGAAACCUCACAUUAUGUAGCUUUUGUAAAAUGCGGCGUGGGACACAAAGCACCCUGGUGCUUUUUCGACUCAAUGGCGGAUCGAAGAGGUGAAAAGAACGGGUACAAUAUUCCUGAAAUGGUUGCGUGUCCAGACGUUUCUCACUGGUUAUCUGAAGAAUUUGCGUGUCGGCAGCUCCACGAAGAUUUUCCUGUCGAUAGACAUCUCCCAGAACACGCACGGAGACUCCUCUGUGAUGCUUAUAUUUGCAUGUACCAAAGUUCCGAUGUUAUGAUGUACAGAUAGAAAGCGAUGUAUGUGUAAAUUACAAUGAUGGGAAAUAUUUCCUUUCGGCAUCAUUCGUGUAAAUUACGGUCUGAUGUGACAGAAUAUUGACUGGAGUAGGUACUAAUGUGACUGAUACUUCUAGAUUUAUUUAUUUUUGUCUGUCUUUAUCCGAACGCAGUGUUGUUUCUUAGCAGUGUAACAAAUGCUUAAAGUAAUCAUGAAAACAUAACAAAACUCCAUGACUUGGGUCCAAGAAAGAUGCAACAGGCGUUAAAGAAUGGGUAAUGAGUGCCAACAGGUAUUAAAUUUUAUCGAUUUUCACAAGUUUUGUGAUUUUUUUGUGAACAUUAAGAAACUUUUUUUUCAACAUGUUUUAUGUCACUAAUUUUUCCCACAAAAAUUGAGAACGCCAGUUCUCCAUAUGCUUUGAAUUUAAUGAGACUCUACAAGGGUCCACUUUUUUUGAGGAAAAAUUAUUAAAUGAUCCCUGAUGGUACCCUCCAUAUGGUACAAUUAAAUGAACCAGGAAUGCUCAAGUUUCGACAAAUCUAGAAGGUCAGGAAUGCUUAACGCAAUAACAAUGGCUAAAUGAUGCUCAUGAUGAAACAUAGGAUACAACUUUUUUUAUUUGUAUUUUUCAAUUAACUUUUGAAAAUCAUAAAAGAAUGGUUUAACUAAUUCUAGAAAUAUAUAAUAUUUUUAGAUUGAGAAAUAAUUAUAUAUAUUAUAGACAACAUGUUUCGUUUAUUGAUCGUUGAGAUUGUUCAGUAUUUUCAGUUAUUCUAGUUUACAAAGAUGUAUAGAUAGAUAUAUUUAUGCUUAAGAGAUUUUGUUUUCCCUUUUAUUCACUGGUAAAGCUAAAUAUAAAUUGUAAAUAUUAUGGUAUGGCGAAUUAGAAAGAAUUAUCUAAAUGUUACAGAUCAGUUUUUAGAUGCAACAAAGUUUAUAACUGAGAAGAAAUAAAAACUUAAUACUUAAUACACUAAA